AUGGAAAAGGAUAUGACGAUUGAAAAUUUAGCACAAAAAAUUCUGGAACUCAGAGCUACUAUGGAAACUCUUGAAAAAGAAAAUGGUUGCGAUAUGGUUGAACUUGUCAAACAAUAUACUGAGGCAAAUACAGCACUCUUGAAUGCUAAAAAAGAGUAUGAUAACUUGAAUCGGGUUUACAGUGUUCUGAUAGGAUCGUCUAAAAACCGUGAGAGCAAAUAUGAAGCCAUUGUUACGGCAACUUUGGACAGUAUUAAGAAGGGCUUCAAAGUGAACCUUGGUAUGCGUGGUUUUAACGGAAAGCUCAUUAUAGACAGGACUGAAGAGAACCUUAUAAUGGAUAUUGAUCCUGUGAAGAGUGCUGUGACAAGGAAGGUAGAAACUUUGUCUGGUGGUGAAAAAUCAUUUGCCCAGAUUGCACUACUUAUUUCGAUUUGGCGUGCGAUGCCUUCUAAGCUUCUGGCCCUCGAUGAGUUUGAUGUUUUUAUGGAUAAUGCGAACAGAAAGCAGAGUUUGGACAUGGUGAUCAAGUCACUGGGGAAUCGUUAUAAUGCUCAAUCAAUUGUCAUUACUCCUCAAGACAUGGAAAUAGAUGACGUUCAAUUGAAAAACAACGAUAUAACUAUACAGAGAAUGCCCGAUCCAGUGAGAAGUGCCCCGCACUAA